GGAGACUCUGGAGGGCCGCUGAUGUGUACGAUUAUGGGACGAUGGGAAAUCUAUGGCGUCGUGAGUUGGGGCAUUGGAUGCGGGCGAGAGGGGAAACCUGGCGUUUACUCAAACAUCCAUGCAGCUAUUUCAUGGAUACAUUUCGAAAUGGAGAAAUUACGAGGAUAG